CUGUGUGCUCAACGGCUGGCUGAGGUUAUCGUUAACUUGCGCGAGUAUAUAAGUGUUCACAUUUGUAUAUUUGGCACUGUCCGAGGUUGGUUAUCGUGCGUGUAAUAUUGAGUACUUAGUUUUUUUUUGUACUACGAAAUAUGAAGACUGUUGUGAUACUUUGUGUGGCCCUGGUGGUUGUAAUGGCUAAACCACAAGAAAAAGUUCAAGUCGUCGACCCAGGCUACUACCAGGGCGGUAAUACCAACGGAGUGAAUGUGGUUGAUAACCCAGACCCUGGCUUUUAUCAAGGCGGCAACAAUAAUGGAGUGAGUGUGAUUGAUAACCCAGACCCCGGAUUUUACCAAGGCGGCAACAAUGGAGUUCAUGUCGUUGAUGGUCCACAAGGAGGAAAUAACGGAGUAAUUGUGGUAGACAACCCAGACCCCGGUUAUUAUCAAGGCGGCAGCAACGGAGUGAAUGUAAUAAAUCCCGACCCCGGGUUUUAUCAAGGCGGAAGCAACGGAGUAAUAGUGGUAGAAAACCCAGACCCCGGGUAUUAUCAAGGCGGAAAUUUGGGAGCUGGAGUCAUUCAAAACCCUGAUUCCUUCUACUACGGAGGCAACCCUGGAGGCCAACAAUUGCGACCAUACCCACACAGACCACGUAAGAUUUUUUUUAAUUAUUUCAAUAAUUGUAUUUAAAAGACUGAAGUACCUACUCAUAUGAUGGGUCACUUAAAUUGAUGAUGAUGAUGAUAUGCUCGACUCCAGUGAGUAAAGUCGAGGACGGAAAUGUCAACUAAAAAUACCAAAAUUCUUAGCUGAGGCCGAGUCGAGAGGAGAUUGAGUCGAGUUAAUAUCUUAGAAUACGGGAGUCGUCUCCAUCACGGUCGGGACACCCGGGUGGGUCGGGUAUCGUACAGGGGGGGGGGGGGGAAGGUUUAAGCUGGUAAGCUUAAACUCAUUUCUGACACUGAAAAAGUGAGUGAAGUGUGGCCGGACACCUCAUAUAAAAAUUUCACUUUUUCAUAUCUAAAAAAUCACGUGCAAAUUCAUUCAGCGGUUCCCGAAAUCAUUAUGUAAGUAUUAACGUGUCUUUUUUUGAUUUCAGUGAACAACCCCUACGAACGCAGCGGCAAGUAAGGACAUACAGUCACUGACGAUAAAAGUGCGACCUUCAAUUAAAAUACAUAAUAAAAGUACUUAAAUUCUA